AUGUCGCGCUCAUCCUACGACCGAUACCUUACCAUCUUCUCGCCAGAUGGAAGGCUCUACCAAGUCGAAUAUGCCUUCAAGGCUAUCAACACCGCUGGUCUCACCAGCAUCGCCGUCCGCGGCAAGGACUGUUCCGUAGUCGUUGGUCAAAAGAAGGUUCCUGACAAGCUCAUUGACGCCUCGAGUGUUACCAACAUCUUCAACCUCACCCCCGAGAUUGGCUGCAUCAUGACUGGUCGAGUUGCCGACGCGAGAGCCCAAGUGCAAAGAGCAAAGAUGGAAGCGGCCGACUUCAAGUACAAGUACGGAUACGCUAUCACUCCCGACCUCCUCGCCAAACGAAUGGCCAACAUGAACCAAGUCUACACCCAGCGGGCUGCUAUGCGUCCAUACGGCGUCAGCAUGAUCCUUGUCGGCAUUGACCCCGAACGGGGUCCUCAGAUCUUCAAGAUCGAUCCCGCCGGAUACUACGUUGGAUUCCGUGCAACCGCUGCAGGUGUCAAGCAAACCGAAGCAACCAACUUGCUCGAAAAGCAAUUCAAGAGAUCUUCCUCCAACUCCUCCGCCGCUGCUGGUGCAGGUGAGUCAGCACCCGAAGCAGCGUCAGCAACCGACGCCGCAGCAUUGGAAGCAGAACAGAUCUCUUCGAACCUUUCCAAAGAACAGACUUUGGAUCUGGCGGUAAACACACUGGCGACGGUGUUGGCACAGGAUUUGAAGCCGUCUGAACUGGAAGUGGCUAUCGUCGGUGGUCCAAACGCAGCAAGAGCAGCACAAGAUGACAGCGGUGCUCCAUUGGACAGCUCGACGCUGCCAAAAGAGGUUCAGCAGGAAAAGAGGUUUAGGAAGUUGAAUGAUGAAGAGAUCUCGGUCAUCUUGGAGAGGUUGGCUGAGCGUGAUUAG